AUGUCGUCAUCAACAACAGCCACCAAAGUCACUGCCACGCGAGGCAGCAGUGACGCUGGAGCCGUCCAGCAGUCUACCAUUUACAAGUUUAUAAUGACACCCAUCAUCCUCGUCUCCUUCCUGCUCUCCCUAGCCUGGGUGGACCUCACAUACACCAUCAGGAGGUCAAGAAACCACGGCAGGCAAGGCUGGAUGCCCUCCUGGCUGCACAGCAUCCUCUACCGGAAAUCACAGUACCGUUACGCAGAGGCCAAGGACUCAAAAACAACGACGCCGACGACGACGCCGAGUCCCAAGGAUGAGCGGGAGGAGUUUUACUACCAUAGUAAACAGAAGAAGCUGUUGCGCGCGGAAGUCGACGAUGCGUUCCAGCUGAGAGGUCAUGUUCUCGUCGUGAUGGCGCUCGUGUUGCUCACGACAUCGCUGGCUUUUGCUUGGGGUGGCUGGAUGGUUUUCAGCUGGGUAUGGAAAAGCUUUGGCGAGAGACCAUUUGGCGUUUGA